GGUCUUAGCCUUGGGUGAUUUAUGUCACGCGCACACUGAAGCAAAGCAAAACCAUUUCAUCUUUGGAUAAUUUUAUAUAAAUCAUAGUUAUACAUUAAGUUAAAUUUAAUUGAAAGCAUACGAACAGAAGCAAACAAGCAAACAGUGUCCACUUUCCAUUUCUUUCGUUCCUCUGAGGAAACGCUGUCUGGCAUGGCGUUCGGGUCUUCCGAGGAUGUUUCCGCUAUCAAAUUAUUGCUCCUUCUGGCGGUCAUGUACGGACUCGUGUCGGCGCUGACCUACUCUGUUGUCCACUUGAAGUUCGUGAACCCUCUCGGGAACGACGCGCCGCUCGAUCGAUUCUCUGAAGGAAGAACUAUACAACAUGUUCGAAUUUUGUCCCAAGAGAUCGACGGUCGUCAAGAAGGGCGUCCUGGUUUAAAAAAGGCAGCAGAAUAUAUUAAGGGUCAGUUGGAAGUACUAAAGGAGCGAGCUAGCUCCAAUGUCAGAAUUGAGAUUGACGAGACUACUGUAAGUGGUUCCUUCAAUAUGUUGUUUUUGGGCCACAACAUAGCUCUUGGAUACAGAAAUCAUACCAAUAUUAUUAUGAGGAUAUCAUCUUUGGUUUCCAAAGAGACUGAUCCAUCAGUUUUAGUGAAUGGACAUUUUGAUAGUCCCCUUGGUUCCCCUGGUGCUGGUGACUGUGGUUCAUGUGUUGCAUCUAUGCUGGAAAUUGCAAGACUAAUAGUCGACUCUGGUUGGGUUCCCCACCGCCCAGUUAUUUUCCUUUUUAAUGGUGCUGAGGAACUUUUUAUGUUGGGUUCACAUGGGUUCAUGAAGACACAUAAGUGGCGUGACACGAUAGGAGCUUUUAUAAAUGUCGAGGCAUCUGGGACUGGAGGGCCUGAUUUAGUUUGCCAAUCUGGACCAAGUUCUUGGCCUUCUAAUGUCUAUGCAGAAGCAGCAAUAUACCCUAUGGCUAAUAGUGCAGCUGCGGAUGUUUUUCCUGUUAUUCCUGGAGAUACUGAUUACCGGAUAUUUUCCCAAGACUAUGGGAAUAUUCCUGGGCUUGACAUUAUAUUUCUCCUUGGUGGAUACUUUUACCAUACCUCAUCUGAUACAGUAGAGAGACUGUUGCCUGGAAGCAUCCAAGCACGUGGAGAAAAUUUGUUUAGCAUAAUCAAGACAUUUACUAAUUCUUCUAAGCUACAAAACACCUAUCAGACAAAUUAUAGCGAAGUUACUGCGAUCACAUUCAAUGAUGAGCGGGCUGUAUUCUUUGAUUAUUUCUCAUGGUUUAUGAUAUUUUAUUCCAGAAGGGUGGCUAAAAUUCUUCACAGUAUUCCUAUCUUCCUCUUCCUUGUUUUUCCCUUUACACAUGGUAGAUCACAUUCUUGGUCAGCAGCCUUGUGUAAUUUUACAAAAGGUAUUUUUAUCCACACAGUAGGAAUUAUAUCGGCAGUUGUUGUUCCUGUUGUGUUUUCUAUCCUGAGAUUAGUGUUGUCUUCUCAGACAAUGAAUUGGUUUGCUCAUCCAUACUUGGCUUUCCUGAUGUUUGUACCCUGUGCACUUACUGGGCUUUUAAUUCCAAGAAUUAUCUGGAGACGCUUUCCACUUUCUCAAGACGUUUCAAUUGUCAAGACAUCUGAAGAGGCGCUAUCUGAUGAAGCAAGCUUCUGGGGAGGAUUUGGAUUCUAUGCCAUAUUAACUAUGGCUUAUCUUGUAGCUGGGCUGAGUGGAGGUUUUGUGACAUUUUUUGUGUGCGCAUCCAUGCUUCCUGCGUGGAUAUCCUUCUGCCUGGCAGUCAAAUUCUUUGGACAACGGUCACUCAGGUCAACAAUGUUUUACAUAUUACCUCUAGUUCCAUGCCUUGCAUAUUCUGUUUAUUUUGGUGGCUUUCUUGUUCAGUUUCUGAUAGAGAAGAUGGGAAUGAUGGGUUCUCUUCCUCUACCAUAUGGGCACUAUGUUCCUGAUAUUAUUGUGGCUGCAUUAAUUGGAAUUGUGACUGGUUGGUGCACAGGCCCUCUAAUGCCCAUAUGUGGACAUUGGUUAGCCAGGUCAUCCAUCUUGCAAUUUCUGCUUCAGCUUAGUGUGUUUGGUUUAGCUUUAUCAUCUCAGUUUUUUCCUUACACCACGUCUGCACCUAAGAGGAUUGUUUUUCAGCAUACUUUCCACACUGCAGGCCCAAGUCAGAUUCUGGAAUCCACUUAUGAUUUUUCUGUAACUGAUUCCAAUUCUUUACUUUUCCUUUUCAAACACUCACCUGAAGUGGCAAAAGAAUUGAAUGUUACUUCAGAGUUUUCAUUUGAAUCUGCAUCAAAGUCUAAACGCAAUGAUUGGAUGGCUAUUUUUCCAGUUUCUUUUCUCUUUUCAAACAGUCUGAAGUUCCCUGCACAAAAAGAUGAUAUUUUGAAACAGUAUGAAUACUUUCCAGAAUUGUCUAUUCAAAAUCCAUCACUAAAUUCUGAGAAAGGACCAAGAAGAGUUCACUUGGAGCUUUCUUUAGGCUCCUUGCAAGAGGUCUGGGUUGCGGUUCUCAACAUAACUGGUCCUUUAUCAAGUUGGUCAUUUGCAGAUAAUCUGCUUCCAGGAACUGAAACCUUUGGUGGUGGUCCACAAUCAUAUAUAUGUCGUCUUAGUGGUCCUAGUGAUGGGAAUUGGACCUUCUGGUUAGAGGCUAACAGCUCUGAAGCAUUAAGAGUGGACGUUGCAGUUUUAGACCAAAAGUUGGUUGAUCCAAUGAAGAGAUUGAAGGAUCUUUUCCCUGACUGGGUUGAUGUUACGGCCUAUUCAAGUUUUAUGUCUAGCUAUAUCUUAUAAUUCUUAAUAAACAAGUCUUGAAGGACAAUUUAUUUGUUUUAAUACCACAUUUGUAUAGACUAGCCUUAGGAAUUGAUGUCAUAACUGAUCAUUUAGUAUGCUAAUCUCAUUUUCAGCGUAGAAGUUUAUUCUUUACGCAAACGUUCUUACCAAAAA